AUGAGGUUGCAAGAACUUCAAGAUGCUAUAAACAAACUUCCAUUGAGACAUCCAAUUGACGUCAAAUUGUAUUGGAGAGCAUCUGAGUUAGGUCAGAAGGUUUUAUAUGAAACAGGUUGCUUCGACGAUGUUUAUGAGAUAACAGGAGAAGUUUCUCAGAAGAUAAGAGACUCACUUGAAUUUCCACAAACUGGACCAAUUGGUUGCGACAAGUUCGACUCAGAUGAAAAGAUAUACUAUGUCGACCUUAACGCUGCGUACAUGAGGUUUGUCCAAUAUAUUCCGACUGGAAUUCCAAACGAAGAUGGUGAGUUCCCGGGAAGGAACUAUACAGUUGGAAAAGUCAUACAACAACUGUAUGA